CCAAAGUUAUACUUUAAUCCUUGACCAUCAACACCACCUAAUUCAAUCCUCAACUAUCCCGCCACCCCACGACAUGGCAGAUUUUGUUCGCGGCGAGCGCGUGUACUUUGACUUCGAUUCUGGCGGGAUAACAGGAAAAGUCGGUCCCGAACAGGAUGAAGCACCGCCCGUCCUCGCCUCCGCUUUCGUCGGUGAUAUCUUGGAACGACCCGCCACAGUGACAGCAGCCACGCCCCCGGUUGCUCCCAGUUUCAAGACACAAGUCAACGGAUUCCCGGCACAUAAGAAGCGUACCCCAAGGGUUUCCGCGUUCAAACAACGAAGAGAGGCACAAGGAAGAGCAGCUGCGGAAGCACAGCAGGCCGCUGAUACGAAGGUGGAUGAGCCGAGCGCAAGUGUGAAUGCGGACAAAGAGCGUCAGCAGAUAGAUGAAGAAAACAAGCAGAAGCUAGCUGCUAUGACAGUGGGAGAGAUUGAAGAAGAACGCAAUGAGCUGCUUUCGAGUUUACCUCCUUCGUUGAUUGAGCGACUGUUGCAGAGAGGGAACAUCGAUGAGGGCAGGAACGAAAAGGAAUGGGAAGCAGAAAAACCAGCAGGACCUCCACCUUCAGAGAUUCCUAAACUCGAUGUCAUUUCAAAUACCAAACCAAAGCCUGUCGGUCAUAAGAAGGUAUCUUUCGUAGAACCAGAGAAGGCGGAAGAGACCACACCGGUAGCUGCCCACCCACCAGCAUCUGCCUCCGACCCCCCAAGUCAACCUCCAGCAGAAGCGACUCCCACAGAGCGUGAAGCAGCUACAAUUCUUGAGCCAGACACGGGAGCCCUCCACUUUCCCACUCCUCCACAACCUCCUGAUCUCGACCCCGACGACCCAGCCUUCCUCGAAAAUCUACACACAAAGUACUUCCCGAAUCUAGCCUACGACCCCUCUCAACUCUCAUGGAUGGCCCCCAUCGACCCCUCAGAUAAAUCGUCACCGUACCACCCUUCUCAAACCGCCUUCAAUGCCUCGGACCUGCGUUUCGACUUCAAAGGCAACCUCCUCGCGCCCAGCACCGCCAGGGAAAUUCCCGUCUCAAGGGGUCUACACCACCAUGCCGAUGCGCCUGAAGCCGCCGGCUAUACAAUACCAGAGCUCGCCGUCAUGGCGAGGAGUGCGGUCCCCGCUCAGCGCUGCGCUGCAUUCCAGACCCUCGGUCGUAUCCUCUAUCGCCUUGGCAUCGGGGAAUUCGGAUUCGAGAAAGUGCGACCUAGAUCUGAUGGCCCUGUGGCACAGAUCAUCAAGGAUCCGAAUGUAGAGCAGGAGGUGGACGAGGAUGAUAUCGAGGUGGAUAUGGAAGAUGCGGGGAGCGCUAUGGCGGCGGGGCUGUGGCAUUGCGUUGAGGAAGGUAAGGUCGUGGAAACGCUUACUAUGGAGGCCGCGAGGGAGAAGGGUCAUUUGACUGCGAAGACUUUUGCGCAGGAGGCGCUGUGGAAUUGGAGAAGAGGGGGUGGGAGGAAGAGACAGGCUGUUUAG